AUGGCCACGUCUUCGGCACAGCCGGUCGCUCGUCCGACGACAACAACCACUGCUACUGGCGCGAACGGCGAACCGUCCGACAGGCCCGCACGGGGUGGGACCGGUGGUAAUAGUUGGGGACGAUCGGACCGCAACAUUGAUAUGGUCAUGCUGGGCGACAUCUGUUUCCGGACUUGGUACUCGUCAUACUACGGCAAGGAGGUACUGGGCGACAUUUCGGGCAACAGCAGCAGCGCUAAGGGCGGGCAGCAGCAGGAUGGCAAGACCAACGGGACGACGACUACGACGGUGCAGGGGGCUGCCAAGGACAGCGACAACAACAAUGCAAGCGGGGCCAAAACAAGCUCCGGGGGACGCCGGGGGGAUCGCGACAACAACCCACCCAUGCUAGACAGGCUGUAUGUCUGUCCGUGCUGCUUCAAGUACUCGAAGGAGCUCGUUACGUGGUGGGAGCACGUCCGCGUGUGUGAACGCCGAGGGUUCGUGCCGGGCCAGAAGAUCUAUGUUCACCCCAAGGGCAAGCGGACCGUGCUGGUGCCGUCGGGCCAGCCGGUGCCCAAGCACAGCAGGGGGAAGCGCGGCGGUGCCGGGCAGAAGAUGGUUGAGGAGGUGGUGCAGGACGAAGGGGAGUGGAGCAUCUGGGAGGUUGACGGCGAGACAGAUGUGCUGUUCUGCCAGAACCUCUCCCUCUUCGCAAAGCUCUUCCUAGACAACAAAUCCGUCUUCUUCGACGUCACAGGCUUCAACUACUUCCUGCUCGUCUACACCCCGCCGGCGCCGCCUCCCGACCCAAACGCCGAGGUGGCCGAGAUCGUGCGGCCGCGGAGCCAGAUUGUCGGCUUCUUCUCCAAGGAAAAGAUGUCCUGGGACAACAACAACCUAGCCUGCAUCCUGGUCUUCCCCCCCUGGCAGCGCAAGGGCCUGGGCGCGCUGCUCAUAGGCGUAUCGUACGAGAUCUCGCGGCGUGAGGGCCUGCUCGGCGGGCCCGAGAAGCCCAUCUCGGACUUGGGCAAGAAGGGCUACAAGCGAUUCUGGGCCGGCGAGAUUGCCCGCUGGCUCCUCAGCCUGGAGCCCUCCUCUUCGUCGGCGGGCGAGACGGUUGUCGAUGUCGGCGAGUGCAGCCAGGCGACGUGGAUCGCUGCCGAAGACUGCCUGCUCGUGCUGCGCGAGAUGGGCGUCGUGGAGGAUGCUGGGAAGGGUCCGCCCCGGGCGGCGCGGGCGCAAGAACAGAGCAAGGCUGCCGAGGACAGCGGCAACGGCAACGGCAACGGCAACGGCAAUGGCAGUGGGACAGCAGCAGCGCCUGAACCAGAGGUGGAGCCCGUGCAGAGGGUCCGCAUCUCGCAGCAGGCCGUGCGGGCGUGGGUGGCGGCGAACAAUAUCAGCCUGGAGAAGGCUUGCGAUCCAAACGGGUUUGUGGAGGGCUAUGCCAUGAAGAAGGUUGUGUCGGAGGAGCCCGCAUGA